AUGGUGCUAGACAAAUCUACUGCUGAAAGCUUUGGUACCAAGAUCUUAGAUGAAGAUGGUCUGUUUGAGCUCAUCAGAACAAAGCCUGGGAAGAAGUCAAAGUAUGAAAUUGCUGCAGAGGCUGAGGCUAAAGCUUCUAAGACUAGAACUCCAUCCUCUCAAGCAAAGAGCACCCCCAAAUCCCAGAAGAUCUCUCCCUCUAAAGGCAACUCCAGAUCUCCUCAGACUCCCAGUCCUUCUAAAACCAGUUUGUCCAAGGCCCAUAGUGCCCGGGUGGGCCAGUCGGGCACACCCUCUGGGAGAGGUUCUGGGCAGACUGCCCGGAGAGAUCUGGGUCUGUCAUCAUCAUCAUCAUCUUCUAAACAUCCUUCGUCUACAUCAGUAUCAGGGGAAGGAGCCAGUUUGCUCUGGGUGGACAAGUAUCGCCCACGAUCUCUCAAAACAGUCAUCGGUCAACAGGGUGACCAGAGCUGUGCAAAUAAACUUAUGCGCUGGCUACAAAACUGGCACAAAAACCACAGCGGGGGCUCAUCCAAACCAGCAGUUGCAAAGUUUGGUAAAUUUGGAGGAGGAAAAGACGAUGGCUCUUCAUUUAAAGCAGCUCUCCUCUCUGGACCUCCGGGAGUGGGGAAGACGACCACAGCAGUACUGGUUUGUGAGGAACUGGGCUACAGCUAUGUGGAGAUGAAUGCCAGCUGUACGCGUAGCAAAAACAGUCUGAAGGAAGUUGUUGCAGAGUCACUCAAUAACACAAGCAUCGAAAACUUCUAUAAAGGCACAUCACAAAAAGUCAGCAGUAAACAUGUCCUGAUUAUGGAUGAGAUCGAUGGCAUGGCAGGAAAUGAAGACCGAGGGGGCAUACAGGAAAUGAUUGGCCUAAUUAAAACAUCAAAGGUCCCUAUAAUUUGUAUGUGUAAUGAUCGCAACCAUCAGAAGAUUCGGUCCCUCGCGAACUACUGUUUUGACCUGCGUUUCCAAAGACCUCGAGUGGAACAAAUAAAGGGGGCCAUGAUGUCCAUAGCUUUCAAAGAGGGGAUCAAAAUCCCUCCCCCAGCUCUCAAUGAAAUUAUUCUUGCAUCCAACCAGGAUGUCCGACAGGUGCUCCAUAACCUGAGCAUGUGGUCUGCCAAGAACAAAGUGAUGACUUAUGACCAGUGCAAAUCUGAUGCAGCCAACGCCCGAAAAGACAUGAAGCUGGGUCCAUUUGAUGUGUGCAGAAAAGUGUUUUCCUCUGGAGAGGAGACGGCUCAUAUGAGUUUAAUCGACAAGUCUGACCUCUUCUUCCAUGACUACUCACUAGCACCACUCUUUGUUCAGGAGAACUACCUCCAUGUGCGCCCUGCAGCAGCAGCUGGUGAUCUCAAAUCACACUUGGUGUUGAUCAGUAAAACAGCAGACUCCAUCUGUGAUGGAGACCUUGUUGACAGGAUGAUACGUUCUCGUCAGAAUUGGUCACUGUUGCCCACGCAGGCCAUUUAUGCCAGUGUGUUACCGGGAGAACUGAUGCGGGGUUACAUGGGUCAGUUCCCCACUUUUCCCAGUUGGCUUGGCAAAAAUUCAUCCACCAAUAAACAUUCCCGCAUUGUGCAGGAGCUCUCUUCUCACAUGAGUUUAAAGACGUACUGCAGCAGACAGGCCGUGAACCUGGACUAUCUUCACUACUUACGGAAGGCACUUUUGAGCCCCCUUCAGAGGCACGGUUCAGAGGGAGCAGCACAGGCUGUGCAGCUCCUGGACGACUACCAGCUCGUCAGGGAAGACGUGGACAGCAUGAUGGAGAUCAGUGUCUGGGGCGGUCAGCCUGAUCCUUACUCCAAACUGGACUCUAAGGUGAAGGCAGCAUUUACACGUGCAUACAACAAAGAGGUCCACCUCACUCCAUACUCUUUACAAGUGGUUAAGAAGGGUCGACGCGGAGGAGGUGGAGGAGGUGACCUGGAGCUGGGAGAGGACAUGGAGACUGAAGUUCGAGAGUCAGAAGAUGAGGGAGACAACCUCCAAACAGAUGCCAUGAUCAAACAAAAGAAGGCAAAAGUCACAAAGGAACCUAAAAAAGAAAAGACUGAAGUCUCUGGUAAAGGCAAAGGAAGAGGGAAGGGCAAGAUUAAAAAAUAACUUUUGAAAAAGACACUUGAAUCUACGAUUGCUUCCUUUUGCACUUCCAACAAUAUCGAAACCUGACUCCAUACUGACACCUGCCCAUCUGUACUUAACUGUACUAUAUGUUCUGCAAUGCGAGUGCGCUUUUAUACUUCUUCACUGUUUGAAUGGAACAAAUAAUGACCCUUCACCACUUAUCAUGUCUGUACACAUUUGUGGUGGCAUUUUAGGAGUAAGUAGAGUGUCAAAGAGGCUGUAAAUAAUGUGACGAUGCCUUAAAGAAUUGUUAACUUUUACUUAAAGUAGCUGCAGCUGUAGAUUUGUUCUUUAGCACUGAUCACAAUUUGUAAAUGGAAAGCUUUGUAUCAAUGCAGAAUGUGUCAUCACGUUUGUGUUUUUUCUUAACAACAGUUGAGAAAUUUGAAUAUAAACUAAUGAAACUCAA